AUGGCGGACAAGGAAGCAACAGUUUACAUUGUGGAUGUCUCGUGUUCUAUGGGAGAACGACGACAUGGCCGCGAAAUUACGGACCUGGAAUGGGCCAUGCAGUAUGUCUGGGACAAGAUCACUACUACGGUCUACACAGGUCGAAAGGGGGCUACACUCGCUACUGUCGCUUUGCGAACAGAUGGUACUUCGAAUGAGCUUGAAGAUGAUCCAGAUUACUCCAAUAUCUCGGUUGUUAAGAAUCUUGGACAGGCUCUUAUGCCUGAUAUCCGAAAAAUUCGAGAUGUUAUUAAGCCAAGUGGCACCGAUGCCGGUGACGCUAUUUCUGCGGUCGUCGUGGCCAUUCAAAUGAUCCGGACCUUUUGCAAGAAGCUCAAAUACAAGAGGGAGAUUGUCCUUGUCACCAACGCCACUGGCGUGAUGAACAGUGAGAAUUUGGAUCAAAUAAUAGCAAAGAUCAAAGAGGACAAUAUCAAGCUGACUAUACUUGGACCCGAUUUCGACGAUGCGGAAUACGGAGUGAAAGAAGAAGACAAAGAUAAUCUGAAGAAAGAAAAUGAGAUACUUCUACGCGAAUUUGCUGAAGGUUGUGAUGGCAACUAUGGAACCCUCGAUGAGGCAGUCUCGUGGCUGGAAACUCCUCGUCUCAAAGUGACGAAGGGCCUGCCUUCCUUUAAGGGAUUUCUUCAGCUAGGGGAUGCGUCGAAAUAUGACACGGCAGUGCGCAUCCCCGUUGAGCGCUAUUUCCAAACCUACGUUGCCAAACCGCCAUCAGCUAGCUCUUUCGUUAUCAGUUCUGGCAAUGCACCUGAGAAAGAUGGAGCCCAACUCUCUGGAAGUCAGGCACCGAGUGAAGGAGAAAACCUCACAUUGGUGAGACAAUCUCGAGCAUAUCAAAUCACAGACGAGUCCGCACCUGGCGGCAAAGUCGAAGUCGAGCGGGAUGACCUUGCGAAGGGUUACGAAUACGGCCGCACUGCUGUGCAUAUCAGUCAGACUGAUGAGAACAUUACCAAGCUAGAAACCUUCGCAGCCAUGGAUCUGAUUGGGUUUGUUCCAAAGGAAAAUUAUGAUCGCUAUCAACAUAUGUCAAAUACCAAUGUAAUAAUUGCCUCAAAGGGUAAUGACAAAGCAGCUCUGGCUUUAUCGUCUUUUAUCCACGCACUGGAUGAGUCGGAAUCCUACGCCGUUGCUCGAUUAAAUUAUGAAUGCCUCAUUGAGGUCCAGGUUCCAUUCUCGGAGGAUGUGCGAUCAUACAGGUUUCCUCCCUUAGAUAAGGUCAUUACCGUUUCAGGCAAGAUUGUGACUGAGCACCGCAACCUUCCAACCGACAGCCUUCAGGAGGCGAUGAGCAACUAUGUCGAUAGCAUGGAGUUAGGUCUCGAUGAUGAUGAAGAAGCUGAAGUUGACGACUUGAUCAAUGACUCAUACUCUCCAUACCUACACCGGGUUGAGACAGCUGUGCGCAAACGAGCGGUGAAUCCUAAUGCUCCUGUCCUCGAGCCAGCUCACCAACUACUGAAAUUUGCCAACCCUGACAAGAACGUGAUCGAAAAGUCGAAAGUCUACCUCGAGAAAUUGAUUUCUGAAGCAGAUGUCAAGAAAGUACCACCAAAGACUAAGGGCCGGAAACGCCAGCGCGAGACCGAAAAACCACUCUCUGGCCUUGACGUUGAUGCUCUUCUUAACCUAGAACCAAAGCGGGCGAAGAUCUCAGCUGAGAAUGCCAUCCCCGAAUUCAAGCAACUUCUCCAGCGUGCUCAGAGUGUCGAUGAAACCCUUGACGCUGUCAAGCAGCUGAACAUUAUUAUCGAAACCCAGAUCAAGCACAGUUUCGGCGAAGCCAACUACAACCGAGUUGUUGAGGAAUUGGGCACAAUGCGCGAAGAGCUGGUAGAUUAUGAGGUACCGGUUGCUUACAAUGAUGUAUUGCGUAAACUCAAGGAGAAGAUCCUGCGCGAGGAGCUGGGUGGGGAUCGUCAAGAGCUGUGGUACCUUAUUCGAACGAGCAAACUUGGUCUAAUUGAGCACACUGAGUCAGAGCAUUCCCAGGUCUCAGAGGAGGAUGCAAAGCAGUUCCUCUCUGCCAAAUGA